ACCCACAAGACGUCCCAAGAAAACGGUAAUUCUCUACUGAUGUCAAUGAACGACCCACAGUCGUCCCAAGAAAACGUUACUUCUCUACUGGAGACCUUGUUUCCUGAAUCUGAACUCAAAUUAUGUGACGAAAACAUCGAUUCUGAUACCCCCUGUGAAGAUAAUUCUAAUACCAAGAGCUGUGAUGAGUUCCAGCGCCAAUCACCUACUCCUAUGGAGGACAUAGACAGUUUGGACGGAAUAUUCCCUAGAGAAUUACUUGCACCUGCAGUGAAAUUAGCAAUAGAUGAGCUUUUACCACUGGAACCAACACAAGAAUUGUCGAUGCCUAUGGAAACUAGUGAGGGAAAUACAGGCGAAUAUUGCGGGUGAACCUGAGACGGUGCCUAUAGUAACGGCUGAUGACGUCAAGCGUAUUCCGGAAAAAAAGAAGAAAGUUUGCAGGCAACCAGUCAGGAGGUCAC